UAACAGAAAAACCUCGCGCGCGCUGCAGUUCCUCUUCACUGCUCCUGUGCGGCUCAGCGCGCGCGGGUCUGCCUUGUACUGCGCGCGAGCUCUGACUCCACACCUUACAGAAACCAUGGGUUGUAAAAAAUCCAAGCUGAGCGAUGGGCAGAGUGGAGGUUCGUUUGGUGUGAAGAAGCGUGAGCCUGUACAACCUGACAAAACGGUAUAUGUGAGAGAUCCAACCUCCCCUAAACCCCAUACUAUAAGUACUUCUCCUCCGUCAGGACUCUUACCUGGACAGAGAUUCCAGCAAAUGGAAGAGCAACAUGAGCAAAAUGGCAAAAUAGUCGUCUCGCUGUAUGCGUACGAGGCGAUCCAUCAGGACGAUCUGGGAUUUAAGAAAGGGGAGAAGUUGAAGGUUCUUGAAGAGCAUGGCGAAUGGUGGAAGGCCAAAUCUCUGAGCACAAAGAAAGAAGGUUUCAUCCCGUCCAAUUACGUCGCCCAGGUCGACACCAUGGAGACAGAGGAAUGGUUCUUCAAAGAUAUUACAAGAAAAGAUGCAGAACGACAACUGCUAGCGCCUGCUAACAAACCCGGGUCGUACCUUAUCCGCGAGAGCGAGACGUCCAAAGGAAGCUACUCGCUGUCCAUCCGAGACGUGGGUCCCCAGGGGUCAGACGUUGUAAAACAUUACAAAAUCCGGAGUCUGGACAACGGCGGCUACUACAUCUCCCCUAAAAUUACAUUCCCAGAUAUUACGAAAAUGAUCCAUCAUUACCACAAGCAAUCAGAUGGGUUGUGUCGUAAACUGGAGAGGGCGUGUGAAAAGCCCAAAGCGCAGAAACCAUGGGAUAAAGAUGCAUGGGAGAUCUCGAAAGAGUCCAUCAAGAUGGUGAAGAAGCUCGGGGCGGGGCAGUUCGGAGAGGUGUGGAUGGCGUAUUACAACAACAGCACCAAGGUGGCGGUGAAGACGCUGAAGCAGGGCACCAUGUCGGUCGAGGCGUUCCUGGAGGAAGCGAACCUGAUGAAGACGCUCCAGCACGACCGGCUCGUUCGCCUCUACGCCGUCGUCACCAAAUGCGAGCCCAUCUACAUCAUCACAGAGUUCAUGGCUAACGGAAGCUUGCUGGAUUUCUUGAAAAGCAGCGGCGGCUCCAAUUUACAGCUUCCCAAACUGAUCGAUUUCUCAGCUCAGAUAGCAGAAGGCAUGGCCUACAUCGAGAAGAAGAAUUACAUCCACCGAGAUCUGAGAGCCGCCAACGUGCUGGUGUCCGAGAGCCUGCUGUGUAAGAUCGCAGACUUCGGCUUGGCCAGGGUCAUCGAGGACGAUCAGUACACGGCUAGAGAAGGAGCGAAGUUCCCUAUCAAGUGGACUGCACCGGAGGCGAUCAAUUACGGUUCCUUCACCAUCAAGUCUGACAUGUGGUCCUUCGGGAUUCUCAUCUAUGAAAUUAUCACAUACGGGAAAAUCCCUUAUCCGGGAAUGAGCAACAGCGAGGUCAUGUCGUCUGUGCAGCGCGGCUACCGCAUGCCCCGGCCGGAAAACUGUCCCCCCGAACUGUACGACAUCAUGAACACCUGCUGGAAAAAUAAACCCGAGGACCGACCCACCUUCGACUACAUGCAGAGCGUACUGGACGACUUCUACACGGCCACCGAGGGGCAGUACCAGCAGCAGCCCUGAGCCACGCCCCCUCCACCCCCC